ACAAACCAUUAGUAUUAUGUUGCCAAUCGGGCACAUUGGCGGUCAUAACUUCCUAUCUAGGUCGUCGGUGUGAAAAAUCCCCAACCUCUUUUCCUCCACUUUCAGUGAUUCAAGAUGUCGAGCACAGUGGACGGUGAUAGUGUGGACGCUAAGCCAACUCAAAGGCCAGAGAAGCCCUCAGGCCCUAGAGGGGAGUCACAUGUUGAUGCUAAACCUCCAUCUGAUGCCUACCGGUACAAAAUGAAUUACCCGUCCAUAGGCCAGUGUAUCAUCAUCAACAACAAGAACUUUGACAGAAGGACAGGCAUGAACAUACGGAAUGGGACUGAUAUGGACGCAGGAAAUUUAAAGAGGGUCUUUUCUCAGCUUGGCUAUAAAGUCAAGAUCAACAAUGACCUCUCCGUAAAAGACAUCAAGACAUUAUUAAGCACCGUGGCCAAGGACGACCACAGCCAGUCCGCCUCCCUGGUGUGUGUCCUGCUGAGCCACGGAGAUGAGGGCGUGCUGUACGGGACCGAUGGCGCUGUAGACCUCAAGGAACUCACCAGCCUCUUCAGGGGAGACCGAUGCCCCACGCUGGUUGGGAAGCCAAAGCUCUUCUUCAUUCAGGCGUGUCGGGGCACAGACCUGGAUAGCGGCAUUGAGGCGGACAGUGUGGCUGAGGAAGGAUCCACGGAGAGGAUACCAGUGGAGGCAGACUUCCUUUAUGCGUACUCCACUGCACCUGGCUAUUACUCCUGGAGAAACACCUCAUGUGGCUCAUGGUUCAUUCAGUCUGUGUGUGACAUGAUGCUCAAGUAUGGCAAAGAGCUGGAACUCAUGCAGAUCAUGACACGGGUGAACCACAAGGUGGCGCUGGAGUUCGAGUCUUGUUCCAAUCUCCCGGGAUACAAUGCCAAGAAACAGAUUCCUUGCAUUGUGUCAAUGCUGACCAAAGAAGUGUACUUCCCCUAGCGAUGUGACCAAAGAUUAGGCAGAUUACAAUGGGACUUGGCUGCAUGACAUAGUGGACCACAUAGUGGAAAUCAUUGUAAAAUGUUUAGUGACAUGCUGAAGAAUACUUGAUGAGUGUCCACAGGAUACAGGUGUAUAAACAAACAAUUACUUUUUUAUAAACAGAAACUAUAUGAAUAUAAAAUAAUUCAUUUUGCACAAUGGAUGGUAUACAACGGUUUGAAACUAGAACGGUUAGACGGUUCAGCUGGAAAUGACAGAAAAGUAAGAAUUGGAAGACUAUACUUGAAAAAAGUCAAGCAGGGGGUUUACCAGUUUUGUUUUAUUGUGUUAAGUGUGGAUCUCUACGUGUUGCCAUUGGCUAUUUGUUAUUUAUGGGUGGAAUGAAUGAUAUACUAUUCAGGGGUGACAUGUCUUGACAUCAGUGGGAGGAGCUGCAUAGUGUGCUCUGUAAGAUAACAUGCAGGGUAGUGCUGCACAGGAAAGACAAGCUGUAAAAGGGACCAAAAUGACACAACACAACUGGUUAUACUCAUCUUGCAUUCAAACACUAAACAGAAAUGAAUGUGUACUUUCACUUGACUACUACAAACUGUUAAUGUGCCAAAUUUCAUUAAACAUGAACGCUUCAGUUUUGAACAUAA